GAUGUGGUAUUAUUUAGUGCUUUACCGUUCCAUUUAUUGCGAAUCUUUUGGUGCGAGAGAAAAGUAAUUAAAUCGACAAAAAAUGGCUUUCCGUAUACCUUUUGGCAAGAAGCACGCUGAAAUCGCGAGUUCCUUCAUCCGAUCUGGAGCAGGAUUCGGAGGAGCUGCUGGCCUGGCCGUGCUCUACUACACCGAUUGGAAGCUGGUACUGCAGUACGUGCCCAUCUACGGAUCCAAGUUCGACAAGAGCGAGUAACUCUGAUGCGCCGUAGUUCAAUCCACUGUUAGCCUCGAUGUUUUGCUUGGUGAAUAAAAUAAGUUAAAACGA